AUGGCGCAUUUUUAUCAUAUACGAUUCUUAAAGGUUCAACCGGUGAAUGCAAGAGGGUCAAAAACGGGUAUUAUUAAGGCGGUUUUCACUCUGACGACAGAUCUUGGAGAAUUUUUUUAUCCAGAACGUUGUCCGCUGCAAGUUGUGGUCGCGGAUGUUUCAAAUGGAAAACCUAUUCCUCUUAAAAGCGAAUCUGUCGUCUGGAAUGGGUAUGAAGUUGCAUCGACCCUUUCUAUUAGCAUUCCAGUCAGUUCAAAGCAACUUCAACUAAUUCUUUUUCCGCAAACGACUACACCCAAUAUUUCGCCGCAUGAAUAUCAUGUCAUACUACCUGUUUGGAGCGACUCCUUUUCACUGACUAAAAACGAAGGUCCCAAGCACGUUUGGCGAUAUUUAGAACAUAAUGAUUGGGAGCCUUUUGGAUUAUGCUUUCUGGAACAAAUGGGCGAGAGUAUCGCUAAACAUAUAUGGGACGCAGGGAUUAUUCUAUCUGAGAAAAUUUUAAGACAAGAACCAGAAUGGACCUUAUCAGACAAGAAAGACCUACAAGUAUUGGAACUUGGAUCUGGAUGUGGGAUUUUAGGCAUUUCUGUAGCAUCCAAGUAUCCAAAUGCAUCUGUUUGUAUGACUGAUUUGGAUGAUGCCCUUGGUAUCUUACAAGCAAACAUUACUAAAAAUCAACACCUCCUCCACAAUAAUAUAUCUACCGAUCUAUUUGUAUGGUCAUCUCAAAUACCGCCUAAACUGCAGAAAAGGUGGGACUACGUUCUCAUGUCCGAUGUUAUGUAUAACGAAUCUAGCUUUUCUUCCUUGGAAACAGCCUUGAAAUUCCUAAUGCAAAGUCAAACCAGGAUCUUUAUUUCCUACAAGAAACGUCACGAAAAUGAGAAAACUUUCAUGGAUCAUCUUUUGCAGUGGUGUAUUUUAGAGCACGAAACUGUUCUUGACUCUAUCAUAUUAUAUUCUUUGGUAAAAAAAUAG